AUGCCCUGCUCUGCCUCUCCAAAAAAAAGAAAAAAAACUAAAAUCUCUUUAGGCCGCAAUGUGUGUUCAAGCAGAGGCUCCUACACCCCAUAUCCCUUUGUGGACGUGCUCGGGCCUAACCCUGUCUCACCCCCUGUCUCAGCCCCUGCUUCACAAGAAAGAGGCGAGAAGCAGCGGCUGCCGGCACAGACGGAAAACAGAGCCUCUUUGUUCCCCCCCUUGCCCCUUCUCAGCGUCCUCGGAGACGGGCAGGUCCAGGAGGGGUCGACCCAUACUGCUGGACGGCUGUGUGCGAUGGCUGCUCCCAUAGACACACGCCGCAACAACCCCAGUCUCCAGCGACACCGACGCAGAGGCCCCUCAUCAGCGGGCCCCCAAGAGACCAUCACAGAGCUGCCCUUCACCUCCCGUCCUGAUUGGCUGCACCGGGCCCUGCUCACCAGAAUGCCCUACGUGUCUACGCAACCCACGGACGCAAAUAAGUGGCAUUUUCCCCCCAACACCCAAGCUUUUCCCAUAACCCACAGUACAGAGCAUCACCAGAGCGGCCGCCAUAGCUUUGAGGUCAGCGGCAGUGUGAGUGACGGGUGCGCUGGCCAACAUGUGUGCGGGUAA